AUUAUAUGUAUUAGUUGAAUGAAAACAAAAUGACAUAGGAAGCCUUGCGUUAAAAUUGACAGUGCUAAUAAUUUCAAAAAAAAAAAAAAAAACAGUAAGCAGUCAUAAAAAUCUAAGGCUUUGGAACGAUUCAACGAGACUGCUUAAAAAAGUGCGUCAAAUGGCUCAACUUUGGAAUCAAUUGAAACGACGGACUGAAGAGGAUUCACCCUACGAUUUCGGGCCUUCGAGCAAACGAUUCAAGUACAAGCAUCUGAAUGACGAAAGUAGAAGCAGCUGCAGCAUUUCGUGUUUAAAGGACACCGAUGCUCGGGUAUCUGUAGUAUCAGGAUACUCUCCGGAACUUGGACCCAAUGAAAAUCCCUAUUACCUGCAGAACCAGAUGCUUUUCAAAUUGCAUGUCGAGCGGAAUAUGCGCAGAGAAAUUAAUAAUAAUUUCUAGCAAAAAAAAAAAGGGAAUAACUUAAAUCUGCAAAUCUGAUUGGAAUUCAAAUUUGUAACAAU